GUGCUCUCAGCUAGCACAACUGCUGAAAUUGCUGUUAUUUUCUCACUAGUCCGGAUAAUUUUCUGUCAAGCGCCAACAUCGAGAUUGCUCCUAUAACAUCGGCUUGAUGUCGUUAUUUAAAAUGUGAUUCUCUUUAUUUUUAGUGGUUAGAAACGCAGCUCUUUCGAGACUGUUAGCUCGUAGCUGUGUAGCAACAACAGAUGUUCUGCAGCAUUAAUUAAUUCCAACAGGUGUUAGCUUCAAGAAAACAUUGGUGGGUUGCAGAUUCCUUUUUUUUUUUAAAGUAUCCUGAAUGUUUUUCUUCAAAACGUUUUAUUUUUAUAUAAAUUUGCAUCAGUUUGAUUUAUCUAGCAAUGAUGUGUUGACUUUGCAAGUGUUAAAUGUCCCUGUUUGAUUUGUCAAAAAAUCCGUUCGUCUGUCAUGAUUUCCGGCCGUGUGCUGCUGAGCCUCAGUUUGCACAGGUCGAAAAGUGUUUGUUCACAAAUACUGAAUGUCGUAAAGGAGCUACAAGUUUGGAAGCUGCAUUCAACAUUUACCAACAUCUGUAAUAAAGUAGAGACGUUUAAACCACCGGCACACCAGUUCAGGCCUCAGGCUAAACGUCAGCCCUGCGUCUGUUUACCAGCAGUAGAUGUAAUGCAGACAGCCAGCAUUUGUUAUGGGGGAGAGGCCAAUGCAGUUGCAUCUAAUGGUGAAGGUGAUGAUGAGGAGGGUUGUACUGGUGGGGCUGAAACCUUGGUUGAAGUGGAGAGCAGAAUGCAACAAGUUAAGAUGAUUACUGCAGGCCAAGUUGAUGCGACCUGCAUGGAGGUCCAUGGAAGUCCUGCAGAUGCUGAAACCUCUAGAGGGUUAACCUCAACAAAAUCAAAUGAAAAAAAAUCAAAGAGGAGGAUGAGGAAGGAGAGGCAGAAGCUGAUGAAGAAGAAGCUCAUAUCAGAUGAAGCGUCUGCCAGUUUAAUGUCUGAGCUUCCAUUUGCACUGACCAGCCCCACCACAUGGAAGGAGCUUGGGUUCCCCACCCUUGAGAUGUCUGAGAAGAAGAGGAAGAGAAAAAGAGGAGACAGUGGGGGCCGAAUAGAUAGCGAGGAGGACGGUGACCAGAUGAAGAAAAAAAAAAAGAGCCCAAGACCAAACUACUUUGUCUCCAUACCCAUUACUAACACUGCGAUAAAGUCACUUGUCAAGGAGGUCCAAGAGGCCGUGCUUCAGCAGGAGCCCCGACUGGCCAAAGCCAUGGUCCCAGUCCCGACUCUUCACAUCACACUACUGGUCACCUAUCUGGCCAGUCAGGAGCAAGUAGAUAUGGCAGCCGCCGUGCUGGCUCAGGUCGAGCCGUCAGUGGCUAAGCUCCUGGGUGGGCGGGACCUGGUUCUGCCCUUCUCUGGAAUCCGUCAUUUCAGGAAGGAGGUGGUGUUUGUUGGACUGGACAGCGGAGAACACAGACACACACUGGACAGCCUUGCAGAGUUGUUGCAGAGGCGUUUUGAGGAGCAGGGUCUCCUACAGGGAGACUGUCGCCACUUUGAACCCCACCUCACCAUCAUGAAGCUGUCAAGAGCGUCAAAACUACGAUUUCAGGGAAUAAAGCGAGUGGAACCAGGACUUUACUCCGACUACACAAACAAAUUUUUUGGCAACCAGACAGUGGAGCGUUUGGAUUUGUGUUCUAUGUUAAAAAAGAAGCAACAAGAUGGAUAUUACCACACCGAGACUUCGCUACAACUAGAGUUGACUCAGAGUCCGAUCCACGCCAAGCGCUCAAGUGGACGUCGCCAGUCGGAACCCGACGAGGCUGAGCUGUUGAGGGUCAGCAGGAGAUUGGUCGAGGAUGCCGUCAGCCGCGCCUUGCAACAGUACAAACAGGAAACACUUCAAAACGGGGGCGGGCCCAACGCUGCAGCGGUCCAGCCAAUUGGAAAUAAAGAGGGGACGAAGACAGACACUACAGCUAACUCCUCCACGGACAACAGGAAGUGACAUCUUUGCACAGAGGCACACAGACUUUGAAUAACCAGCGCCCCAGAAAAGAUCAGCCAGGCCUGGCUCAGCAGAUGGAGGAGUCAGUAAGACCUUUCAACCUCCACAGCAAGCCUCCCACCUUAGCUAGCUGGGCAAAGUGCAGAAUAAUUAGGUAAUAUAGCUUCACUUUGAUGCUUGGUGACUGCAUAACAGGACACCUUGCUAAUUAAUUCUCUGCUGUCCAGACCUGGACAUUUGUCCAGGUAAUACGUGAAGCGCUCCUCUAAACACAGGCUUCACUGGAAGCUGCCACAAGAAACUGUCCAUUCAGAGUAGAGAUGGGUAUAUUUUGUAGAAAAGUUUAGUUUGCUAUCAGCGACAAAAUGAGCUCAGUAACAUCCUUACGAUUAGUUUCAGGUGAGGACCUUUGGUUGGAUGCUCUUCUCCUAGAUGAAUCAUCUGCUCAUCACUGUGUGGCCUGAGAUGCACUGACUCACUGAGCCUGGAUUCUUCCGUCUUGAAUCAUAGUUCAGAGUGUCGGACUUUGGUCCUUACAAGCUUUUGGACAUGGAUUUUCUUUAACCUUAUAGCAUUUUAUCUCACUCUUCAGAUGUCUGCCUCCACCAGGUCACAGGACCACAAGCUUUAAAUGUUGUACAACAGUCCUGCAGGACCCGAGUGUUCCUCUUUGAGACAAUCACCAAGUAAGAUCACUUCCAAUGGCAGGUUUUGAAGACGAGCUGGACUCCAGCGCUCGAUCCACAAGCACCCUUCUUCCACGCAGUGCAUUAGAAUAAUGGAUCACCACUAAUAACACUAACUUCACACAGUUCAGGAGGAUAGGAGGCAGUGAAUGCUAGAAAAUAAUACAAUGACUUGUUGCCAAGAACACGUCCGUACUUGAUCACAGCCAGAACUGACAUCAUUGUAUUGUUUCCCUGCCUACCGUCUAUUCUUUUGGAAAGAGUGAAAUGACUUAAAGACCUCAAACAGAAUAUUUAUUUUAUGUCUGCCAUUUAAAACUUGAGGUAAACUUUGGGUGUGGAGUUGUCGAAGACGCGCUGGAGUCUGGCUGUUUGAGGUUCUGUGUUUUCCUCUCUGGACUUUUUCAUCGUGAUCCGAGUAGCUUUUGUUCGGUAGGAAGUGUGCAAGCAGCGGUUUUGAUGGCAACGCUAGAGUCAAGGAGGUAAAUCUAGACACAAGGCUUGCAGGCUCUUAAACUCUUCACUUUUAAUUUUACAUGUGUUGUGUGGCUUUGCAGCUUAUUCAACCAAUUCAUGCCAUUCGGAAUUACAGUAGAUACCCAUCAGUGUGAAAUUAAAGGAGAUUGGUUUUUCCGAAAGGCUCCUGGAGAUGAUUAAUAGUGAAGGAUGAUGCAAAGAUAAACAGAUACAUUUAAUUAUUUAAAGUUUUAUUUGCUUCGAUGCUAAAGCAUAAUCUGUUCUCUGAUAGUAGAAUAUGAUUUCAUGUUUAACAAUUAAAAAGAGAUUUCAUUUUUCUGUUAUAUAAAGGUAAAAUUAAAAUUUUAUUAAAUCUUAAAAGCACAACAUUAAAAAAUUCUCUUUUUAACUGUUUUUGUUUUCAGAUUUAGUGGUGAAGAACUAUAUACACGCUGGCCUUCUGACACUUAAGCAGAUUUUUGUGAUUUGAGUUUUGCUGUAACUUGGCGUGAUGAUGCAUAGGUGACAUUUUUAACCGGAUUGAAAAUAUCUCCUAAAUGUCAACCUUUGGGUAAAGAUUUUGUAGUAAAUUGAAAAACAAACGUUAAAGAAGCAGUUUGCAGUUUUCUUUCCUUAAGUGCAAACAGCUUGGAGCUUGAAAUUCAGUUCAGUCCCUGUGAAAUCCAAUGAAGCACCGUCACUGUGGGCAGCAGCUAAUUCCUUCUUAAGGUGGACUUUGAAGGCUUUUAGUUUGUUUUGAUCUUUUGCUGUCACCAGAUCCUUAAAUCUCCAUGAAAAAUCCCCUUUAAUGCACAAGUUGUCCUGUUGGCCUCUGUGACUGUUCGUCUGUCUCUGAAAGCCUGUGAGUGUGUUUGUGUGUGUGUGUUCUCGUUCACAUUGUGUCCACGGGAUGUUUGAUCAAUGGAUCCCUUUAGAAACUCCGGUCUUUAUCAAACAUGACACCAUUUUGUCGCAUGUAAACGACAAAUGGGCCUUUUUUUAUUGUUUGUCUUUCCAUGUAUCCACCUGUUUGUUGGGUUAUGUGUGUGUAUGAGUGUGUGUUCUUUGUACUGUGUGUUGUAUAUAUUGUUCUGCCAUGUCUGAACAAUAAAAGAACGUGAUAUUUAAAACCAA